UGCUAAUUAAGAUUUAUGUUGCAUGUAUUAACUACUUAAUCUUACUUUUGUGUUUUGUGUUAAGCAAUCAUAUGUUUAACAACUAUAAUCAUACUGUCAAGUUUAACGUAUCUGGAAACCUGGCUUUGUUUCCAAAUGGAGUCCACCAAGGUGACCGUGUUAGUGAUGUGUCCAAUUUUGGGCCCCCAGUUUGACACGUUGGCGACAUGCGUCAGCGUUAUUAUCCUCCCUAUCCAUUUUGAGGAAUCUGUAAACAUCAUGGAAGGUAGCAGUGGCAGCUCCUACAACCCUCCAGCUUUAGCCAAACCAGUAUCGGAGUUGGAAACACUGCAGAAACAGCAUGAGGAGAAAACAUUAAAGAUCCAAGAGCUCAAGAGACAAAUUGAAACUGUGAAGCUUCAGCUGGAGAAGAAGAAGAAGAAGGAUAUCCCAGAUGCGAGAAAAGAAGCUUUCCAUAACCUGAGCGAGAAAUAUAACAGCCUGAGAGAGGAAUACAAUGCAUUGUUGGCUGAAAGAUCAAGGGAGUAGAAUUAAGCAAAUGGCUUCAGUUUCAUCUUGGAGGUCUGGAAUAUGCUACCGUACCGAGUUGACAUCUUAUGCAUUAGAAACUGUUAAUAUGCUUUCUCGUACGUGAACAUUUCAUGUUUUGUUUAGUCUAUUGUUCUGUUUAAUUUCAUUGCUCUAUAAGAUAUCUAAAUCAAUAAUGUUUCAGUCAUCUUUCAUUAUCAACAA